AUAUAUAAUAUAGUUUGGGUAAGGGAGUUCUGUGAGCACAUACUUUAACCCUUUCUACUGUAUUUCAGCAUUUAAGCCGAUAACUGUGUCCUUUAUGCAGCCCAGAUUACUGUCCAUAUGUGUCCGAUUUAUUUCAAAGUUAAAGUAUCGGAGGUGUUCAGACUAUCAUAGGCAAAUACAAUAAGAUGCUAAAUCAAAUUGCUGGUAUCUUGGGUAAUCAAUUUUUCCCUCUGGCAGCAGCACAGGUGCAAAACAUGAUGGUUCAUUCACUAUCUUGCUUCAAAUUUGGGUCACAGUAGCUAAAAUCUUUUUUAUGCCUGAAUUUAUAUAAACAUAAAUUACCAGAUUACCUUGAAAUCUACUGCUUUUUAAACUGUAUGGACAACAGCCUCCUGGGGCAUGUACUGCUUUAUUGUUUUGUCCAAAAGUAUAUACAAGAGCGUUAGUGGUCAGUCAGCAUGUUGGAUUAUCACUGCCUUGCCUCAUUCUCAACUCCCCAAUCCAUCCCAUAGCUUUAUGCCAGGGGACUUUAUGCCUUGCAUAAGACAGAAUGUAAGUAUGUUCAUGUUUGCUCCCAAUUGUUCUAAUCUGUUGGCAAUGUUUUUCUACAGGAUAUCACACAACAUUUUUAUGCUUUUUAUUUAAUGUAUAAUAGCUAUAAAACUAUACACUGCUAUACUUAAAUAUGUGUUGCUUCCUAACCUGGCAAAUUAUUUUCCCACAUUUACAAGCAGGUUUCUUCAAUCGUACAGUGGUUAUAUUGAUUAACAAAUUCCUGCCAUAAGCAGUUUUAAAUUUGCAGCUGAAUACCCAAGGGAACAUUUAUUUGGGUUGAAUGGAAUGUAAAUUUUGAACAUUUAUUCAUUAAGCUAGAUCAGAUCAAUAAAUGCAUGAAAACUGUUACCUCAAUCUUAACGAGCUGAAUAUUAAAUAGAAUAUUAAAUAGUUUAAACUAAAGGUAUCCCUAUGUAAUGAUGAUGGGCAUCCAUAUGUAAGUCGAGUUCUAUGCAGGCUAAUUGAGACAGUAAUGAAGUAAAUGAGAGAAACAAUAUAUUCUAGAUUUUAUAAAUACACUCUCUUAAACCAUGUGUAUUUUGGGAACUUUUAGUUGGUUACAGAAUAUAGAAUUUAUUGGGUUAUAUGGAUUUAACUAAGCAAAUGAUGUGGGGUUGAUGCUGCAGUUGGUCUGCAGGUUUAGGUUCAGCAACAGUAGGUGCUGAAAGAAUAAGGUCACCUGACUACCUGAAUAUACUGAAUAUAGACCAGGUUAUUCCAUCAAUGAUUUUUUUCUUCCCUGAUGAACACAGGCAUAUUCCAAGAUGACAAUAUCAGGAUUCAUCAGGCCGGAAUUUUGAAAGAGUUGUUUAGGGAGCAUGAGAUCAUAAUUUUCAGACAGUUUAACAGACAGGACAGUGGAGUACUGAUACGGUAUAAUAAUGUGCAUAGAGGGAUAAGGUGCAGAGAUGUGUAACAUACUGUAACAUAUAGAACAUACAUGAUCACAGCGCUUACUGAGGUAGAGAGUUCUUAGUCUUUUUUGGAACUAAGCAAAUAUUGUUGAUAGGGAUAGAGACAUUUCAGUCUCUGUGUGUGUGAGUAGAGUAAUGGGUGGGUUCAGUAUCCAGCUGGCAUUUCAACGUUGGAAUAAACGUUGAUCAAUGAAGAUGUUAUGGUUGAAUCAACGUGGAUUUUGAAAAGUGAAUCAACUUUGAAAUAGCAACGUUGUUUCAACAUCAUAUGUUCAACCUUUAAUAAACCAUUGCUCAUUAAAAUUAGAAAAUCCUAUGGUUAACAGUGUAAACAAUAAACUUACAUCACUGUAGUAAAGCUGAGUAUAACUGAAGUUUCCCACCACUACCAAUCUGAUCUCAAAAACACUAAAACAGUGAAACUAUUAGAACAUGAACAUGAUGUUAAAUUAAAAAGCAGUUACUGCAAAUAGAAGUAAAACACUGUUUCAUUCCUCCAUCCUACCAUUUUUAUGAAUUAUAUGGUGAUGAAAUAUAAAAUGCUGAUUCAAAAGGUAGAAGGUGUCGGACAUUAUGUUGAUUCAACGUUAACAUUUCAAUGUUAGCACAAACAUUGAACAUUAAAUGUUGAUUCAACGUUAAAAUUUCAAUGUUAGCACAAACAUUGAACAUUAAAUGUUGAUUCAACGUUAAAAUUUCAAUGUUAGCACAAACAUUGAACAUUAAAUGUUGAUUCAACGUUGUAUCAACAUUGAAACAACAACAUACAUUACAUUAGUCAUAUUUCAACCACAUUUCAACGUUGAAGGUCGGUUGUGUGCCAGCUGGGUACAGUCAUUGUGUGUGUGAAGAGCCUAGACUGUAUAUAAAUAUGGACAGCACAUAGACUGUAUAUAAAGAUGGACGCCGUGUCGCCGUUCCCAUACAUUCAAUGAAAAUGAAGCCAAAAUCUUCCGCCAUUUUGGCGAGUCAGAGACCAGAGUCUGCGCAGUAGAGACCAGAGCAGGGAGAAAGGCUGUGGAGAGACCGCCUACUCAUUUAAAUAACCCCGCCCCUGAGGGCUGCCUCGCGGUCACAGACUGCAGAGCGGGGCGGAGCGGAGCUGACGGUCUGUUAUUGGUCCCGCCCAUAAGCAGCCCUUUUACCAUAACCACACCUUUUUUGAAUAGAGCCGAAUAAAGUUUUAAAAACCGAAUUCUGUGGGGAUAUAAAAAUUUGACAAUAUAAGCAGAGGUUACAUUAGCUGUUGCAUUUAAAUAAAGGAGGUAGAAUUACAGUAUAUUAGAAAAAAACGUGAUUGAAAGUUGUCUGUUUUGCCAUUGAAACCUAUGGGAAUGGGUGGAGUUACACAGCUUUCUGCAGCCGAACAGCAGGGGGCGCCCGACCUGUGGUGGCUUCACUUUUAAGAGACGAUGCUCUGUCCAGCUAAAUACAGUCUAUGGGACAGCAUGUCUCUUACGCCCUCUGGUGGCUGCAGUACAACUUUUAACCCAGCCUGUUUCCAUUCGACUGAAUGAGAGAUGGCGGAAUCUUUAAUCUAAAAAUACACAUUCAGGAUUUUUUUUUUGGGAAGUUGGGUUCUGUACAUUCUGCAAGAUUCCCUCCUGUGUUAAUAACCCCCCAGUGUUUUUCUUUCCAGUUAAUAAGGUUUAUAGGAGGUCUUCCGUGAUAUUUAAAUGGGUGUGGUGAUGUGGUGAUUGACAGCUCAGGGCAAGUUGAUUAACAGGUCGCCUGAGAGCGUGAACACGCACCGCCAUGGUGGCUCAGUCGUGGAUCUCACAGUCAGAUCUUCCUGACAUUUGGAUUUUACUGUUGAUUUUUCUGAGGUAAAGCAAUGUAAAGAUGGCAGCUUCCAUUUCGGCCAUAUUUUGCCUUCAAAACGCCGUAAUGAGAGUGAGUGGGGAUGACCUGUCCAAAUGUAUAUACACGAUCUCCUCCGCCUGUCACUGCUACCCAGCCAGUGGUGGUGAAUAAGCCCCCGGCCUACAAUUCACCAGGUAGCAGGAUACCUAUUCUAGACAGGCGGAGGAAGCUGAGGCCACUCCAAGCUGUGGUGCAGCCCGUUAACAACAUGGCUGCCCACAGCAUAAUAACGGACAAACCAGCACAGGUGGAGAGAGCAGUCAGGAAGAAGCCCAGUAAGAUCAGGGCAGCUCCUCAGGCCAUUGGGAAAGGUCAGGGACUGGAGCAGCCACUGGUGCCACCAUCCCUGACCAAUGAAGAUCCCAUCAACAGGCCUGAGGAAGCUCUCGGCCAGGCACUAGGUCUGCUGCAGGAUGAGGAAUGGGAAAGGAAGGUCGAGGGACUGAGGCUUGUGCGAGCUCUGGCUGAACAUCACUCUGAGGUGGUGCUGCCAGAGCUCCACUACGUCUGCAAAGCCGUCAUCGCGGAGGUGAAAAACCUCCGCUCUAUUGUCUCUCGGGACGCCAUCACCACUAUGGCGCACCUUUUCACUCACCUGCAGCACAACAUGGACAGUGAGGUCGAGGGCGCUGCUCACACCCUCCUUCAUAAGGCUGGGGAAACCAGCCUUUUCAUAAGGCAGGGUGUGGAGCUUGCCCUCAGCACUAUGGUGCACCACUGUUCGCCUGGCCGAGUCCUGCGAGGCCUGCUGGAUGGUGGACUCAGACACAGAAACCGGCUCUCCAGGGCCACCACUGCAUUGAGCCUGGUGAGGCUCCUGCAGGUGGUUGGGGUUUCUCGUGUGCUGACUGGCAGGAAGAAUUUAGCGAGUGAAUUCAUUCCUGCCGUCAGCACACUGGCGUUCGAUGCAGACCAGAACGUCCGGGCCCAUGCUCGUGCUGCACUGCGGUACCUGGGUAGCCACAAGGACGCAGAAAGGGCUGUAGAAAAAUAUGUCCAGUUAAGGGACCAAUCACAAGUGAAGAAGUUGCUUCACAAUUAAUUAAUUAAUGACUAAUUGUUUAUUUAUUGUCUGUAGUUGAGAUGUUGUUCAGUGUUCAGCUGUUCAGACUGGGUUUGGUGUUGAAUGCUCUGUUCUAGAGAAGUUUACAGACUCAGAGCUGUUCACAGUGGUGGAGAACAGGAACUACAUCUGAAGAGGUGGAUGAGGCAGCGGCUCCACCUUCCUCUUGCCAGAGGGAGGUGGGGUCUCUGCUUGGUGGGAAACGUGCCAACCCCGUGGCAUCAGGGCUUCCCAGUCAACCAGCUGGGAAUGUCGCGCCCCCAAACAAGCCCUGCAAAGCUUGUGAGGGGUUCGCCCAGGGCCGGCCGGCAUCCCCCAGUCCACCCUUCAGACGUACGGGUCCCGUCUCCAUCACUGUGAUCAGUUCUGACUCUGUCGGCUUCUCUGGAACAAAGCAUUUCACACCAAAUUAGGUAAUAUUGUAUACAGAAAUUAAGUAAAGUUUACUAAAAGGAAGAAUGAAGUUCACUUAUUUACUCUCUGUAACAUUUAAAUCUUGAGUUAAAUUACUUAAAUUUAUCUUAAAUUAAAUUUUUAGUCAGUGUGGUUGAGAUGUUAUUCGGU